AUAAAAUACAAUACAAUAUACAUUAAAAUUAAACUAACUAAAAUGUAUUAAUAUAGUUUAUAGGUAAAAAUUUAAAUUAUAAAAAAUUUAGAAUUACUAAACUUUUAAGUUGGCACUAUUACGAAAACUAUUAGUAUGUCACGAAUGAGUACUAGUUUUAAAGAUGUAACUAAAAAGGCUUCAUACUUUAUUACAACACCAAUAUUUUAUGUAAAUGCAAGUUUUUGGCUUGUCAGAUAAGUAAAUUUCACAAGAAAAAAACUAUUUGUUUUUCAACUAUACACAUUUAAAUAAUAUAUUGAAUUGAAUACUGAACACUCUUAUACUUACUCAGUCACAUCAGAACAUGCAAUUUACUAAAAAUCCACACAUUGGUCAUCUUUACAGCGCUUUAAUAGCUGAUGCCUCUGCAAGAUUUCAAAAAUUACUUAAUCCAAGUUUAAAUAUUAUUUUUAGUACUGGUACGGACGAACAUGGAUUGAAGGUUCAAAAAGCUGCUGAGAAUUGUAAAUUAUCCGUGGAAAACUAUUGUACAAAAAUUUCAAAUAGUUAUGAAACUACAUUUAAUAAAUUUGAUAUUAGUCACACAUCUUUCAUACGAACAACAGCAGAAAAUCAUAAAAAAUGUGUUCAUCAUUUUUGGAGUAAAUUAGAACCACACAUUAUUAAAGGAAAAUAUUCUGGUUGGUAUUGUACAGCUGAUGAAACUUUUUUGUCACAAGAUCAAAUAGAAUUAGUUAACAAUGAACGUGUUAGUAAAGAAUCAGGACGACCAGUUGAAUGGGCUGAAGAAGACAAUUAUAAAUUUGAUCUACGUCCUUUUAAACGUGAUCUUCAAUGUUGGUUAAAUAAACCAAAUAGAAUUAAACCAAAGGUAUUCCAUGAAAUACUGAUUAAAGAAGCAAAUGAUUUAUAUGAUAUAUCGUUGUCAAGGCCACAAAGUCGAGUCAGUUGGGGUAUUCCAGUCCCGAGAGAUAAUACACAGACUGUAUAUGUAUGGCUAGAUGCUUUGGUUAACUAUUUAACUGUUUCGGGUUAUCCAGACAGCAAAAUUUGGCCCCCAAAUGUCCAAGUAUGUGGUAAAGAUAUUUUGAAAUUCCAUGGAAUAUUGUGGCCUAUAUUCUUAUUAGCUGCAGGGUUAAAAUUACCAGAACAAAUUUUUGUACAUUCUCAUUGGAAAGUUAAUGAUGAAAAAAUGUCCAAGACCAAAGGAAAUGUAGUAGAUCCAAUAAAUGCUGGAUGCCAGUAUACUGAAUCUGGUUUAAGAUAUUUUUUGCUUAGAGAAGGUACAGCUCACAGUGAUGGUAACUACAGUGAUCUGAAAAUUAGAAGAAUAUUAAAUGCUGAAUUAGCAGACACAUUGGGUAACUUAUUGAACCGUUGCUGUGGAAAAGCUAUUAAUCCAAACCUCAGUUACCCAGAAUUAGAUUUAAUACAGUUUGAAAGACUAUUCGCUGAUUCAUAUUUCAUUGAAUUAAAUAACAAACUAGAGGGUCUUGCAGAUAUUGUUGGAAGUCAUUAUGAAGAAUUGAACUUUUACAAAGGUAUAGAUGAAAUAAUAGCCACAUUACAGUGUUGCAAUCGAUUUUUUGAAUAUAAUAAACCAUGGGAAUUAGCUAAAAAAGACGUUGAAAAAUUGGAAUGUAUACUACUUGUAACUAUGGAGACUUUGAGAAUUUCUGGAUUAGCUUUACAGCCUAUUGUACCUGUACUAGCUGAUCAAUUAUUAAAUAAAUUAAAUAUUAAUAAUAGAAAUUGGAAUCAAAUUACUCCAAAAUGGAAAAAUAAAAACAGAAUUGUUAAUCCUUCUAACUUAAAAAAAGAUAACAUUGUAUUGUUUAAAAAGUUGUUGAUAAACUAAUUUAGUCUUUAUUUUACUAAUAGUUAAAUUAUUUGUUACCUACAAGUUUUAAAAUAUUAAAUUAUAUAUUUAUGAAUAAUGAAUUUUCAAUAAAAAUUUUACAAUUUGAUUCACCUACUUAGUUUAUAAAUAAUUAAAAAUAUGUGUUGCCCUAA